AUGACAUCAUUAGAGACUGUGGGAACGAGCAGCAGCUCCAGAGCUGACCGCAAAAGAGACCAACACAAACACUCAAUCACAGCCUGUCACCAGGAAUAUCGUUACGGAGACAGACAGAGAGCAGAGCAGAGCCGUCGUCACGGAGACGGACGGAGGGUAGAGCGUCGUCAAGGAGACAAACAGACAGCAGAGCGUUGCCACGGAGACAAACAGAGAGAAGAGUGGUUGCUACGGAUACGGACGGAGAGACGAGCGUCACCACAGAGACGGAUGGGAGCGUUACCACGGAGACGGAUGAAGGGCAGAGAGUUUCCCCGAGGAUGGACAGAGAGAAAAACGAGCGUCACCACGGAGACGGAUGAAGGGCAGAGCGUUUCCCCGAGGAUGGACAGAGAGAAAAACGUUGCCACGGAUACAAACAGAGAGAUGAGCAUCACCACGGAGACGGACGGAGGGCAGAGCGUUGCCAGGGGGACAGACGGAGGGCAGAGCCUCGCUACGGAGAUGGAUGGAGGACAGAGCGUCGCUACGGAGACGGACAGAGGGCAGAGCGUUGCUACGGAAACGGACAGAGGGCAGUGCGUUGCCACAGGGACAGACGGACGGCAGAGUGUAGCUAUGGAAACGGACGGAGGGCAGAGCGUCGCUACGGAGACGGAAGGAGGGCAGAGCCACCGGGCGGCACGGUGGCUGAGUGGAUAG